UCGAACGUGGGUGAAUGUAAACAGUGUGGAGGUGAAGGUGUGCCAGGAGAGGGUGUGUGGAGCGUGUUCCUGAGCCAGCUGCACCUCCUCCUGCCCUGUGUGCCUGGCCAUGGAGGCUGCGGGGGCCAGUGCGGGAAGAAAUACUAGAUACAUGAUGGAGGGGGUUGGCGCCAGAGUGAUCAGAGGCCCGGACUGGAAGUGGGGGAAGCAGGAUGGUGGCGAGGGUCAUGUUGGCACCGUGCGCAAUUUUGAGUCCCCUGAGGAAGUAGUGGUGGUGUGGGAUAAUGGCACAGCCGCUAACUACCGUUGUGCAGGCGCCUAUGACCUGCGAGUGCUGGACUCGGCCCCUACAGGAGUGAAGCAUGAGGGCACCAUGUGUGACACUUGCCGGCAGCAGCCCAUCUUUGGCAUCCGGUGGAAGUGUGCCGAAUGCAGCAAUUAUGACCUGUGCUCGGUGUGCUACCACAGUGACAAGCACAACCCCCGUCACCGCUUCUACCGCAUCACCACCAUUGGCUGUGAGAGAGUACUUUUGGAGCCUCGGCGGAAGAGCAAGAAGAUCGGCAUUCGGGGCAUCUUUCCCGGGGCGAGGGUGGUGCGGGGCGUGGACUGGCAGUGGGAGGACCAGGAUGGGGGCAAUGGGCGGCGGGGCAAGGUGUCUGAGAUCCAGGAUUGGUCUGCUGCCUCGCCCCGCUCUGCAGCCUAUGUGAUAUGGGACAAUGGGGCCAAGAACCUAUACAGAGUGGGCUUUGAGGGCAUGGCUGAUCUAAAAGUGGUGAAUGAUGCCAAGGGAGGGACAGUGUACAGAGACCACCUACCCAUGCUGGGGGAACAGAACCCAGGACGCUCUGGACCUCACGGACUUGCCAUUGGAGACCAAGUAAGUGUGAAUGUGGACCUGGAGCUUGAGAUUGUCCAGUCGCUGCAGCAUGGCCACGGGGGCUGGACGGACGGCAUGUUUGAGUGCCUAGGCACGACAGGCACUGUGGUGGGCAUUGAUGAGGACCAUGACAUUGUGGUGGCAUAUCCCUCUGGCAACAGGUGGACGUUCAACCCCGCGGUGCUGACCAAGGUUGGGGGUGGCAUGAUGGUAAGCAACGAGGCUAGCACCAGCCAGCAGUUCAGUGUGGGGGACCUGGUGCAGAUCUGUGCUGACCUGGAGCGCAUCAAGAUCCUGCAGCGCGGCCACGGGGAGUGGGCCGAGGCCAUGGUGCCGACGUUAGGUAAGAUUGGCCGUGUGCAGCAGAUCUACCACGACAAUGACCUGAAGGUGGAAGUGUGCGGUACCUCGUGGACCUACAACCCCGCUGCCGUUACCAAGGUGUCUUCCGAUGGGUCUGUGCCAGGGGCGGCCAGUGGGGAGAGAUUAAGUGCUUUACUGAAGAAGAUAUUUGAAGCUCAUGUGUCAGGGGACCUGACCGAGGAGCUGGUGAAGGCUGCUGCUACUGGAGAUGCUCAGAAGGUUGACGAACUCCUGAAGAAGGGGGAUGUGGAUGUGAAUGGAGUGUUUGCCGGCCACACGGCACUGCAGGCAGCCAGUCAGAAUGGUCACUUGGAGGUCAUCCACAUCCUGCUCCGCAACAAUGCUCAUGUGGAGAAGGAGGACAAAGAUGGUGACCGUGCUAUACACCAUGCAGCGUAUGGCGAUGAGCCCGCUGUGGUGCAGCUGCUGGCUGAGGAUGGCGCCGACCUCAAUGCCCGCAGCAAGAGGCGCCAGACACCCCUCCACGUGGCAGUGAACAAGGGUCAUGUGGGUGUGGUAAAGACCCUGCUGGAGCUGGGCGGCCACCCGAGCCUCCAGGAUCAUGAGGGGGACACCCCCCUGCAUGAUGCUGUGUCCAAAAAGCGUGACGACAUCCUCACUCUGCUGCUGGACCACGCGGCAGACAUCACCCUCACCAACAACAACGGAUUCAACUCCCUUCACCAUGCAGCUCUCCGCGGCAAUCCAAGGUGAGGUGCAGGGCUGGGCUGGGG